CUGAGUAACUCUUGCUUUCAUCUUCCAGACGCAGAAUUUGAUAAAAUUGAGCAACGGAGAACAAGCAAUCUACUGACAGGUAUAAUUAAUGCGGUUUUAUCGCCUUUCGCCGUUACAGCAAACUUCUUCAUCGUGUUCCUCAUUUUGAGAAAAUACUCUUUACAAACGCCCUCCAAUCUGCUGCUUACUUGCUUGGCCAUUUCUGAUUUACUUGUUGGUCUGAUAGUUCAACCAAGCUUCGUUAUUUUCGGGAUUCUUGAGAACACAUAUGGCUUUGUUCCCUGUGUUGUGAGGAUGAUAUACCGGAUGGGAUUUUUCAUAUGCUACGGAGUAUCAUUUAUGACAUUGUGCGCCAUAAGCUGCGAAAGGUUAUUAACGUUGCUGUAUUCUUUUCGUUUUCAAGAAUUUGUUCGACGCGAGCGCGUUUCAAAAACAGCCGUUUUCAUUUGGCUUGUCAACUUAUUAUUCACGUGUCUCCAGUGGGCUUAUAAUCAUAUCUUCGUAGGUUUUCAUCUGUGUUUGUGGCUGGCUUCUCUUGUCAUAGCAGUUUUAGCUCAGUGUAAAAUUCUCCUCAUAAGUCUUCGCCACCAACGUCAAAUCAAACGACAUAACCCAGGAACCUCUUCCCCAAGGCAAAUGCAAAUCAAGCUCGCAAUUAAUCUUACGUCCAUAGUUGCAAUUUAUUUUGCCUUGAAUUUACCUGUUCUUAUUGUCACCAAAGUACAUCAAAUCAUUUCCGGAUAUAUUGAAAACUACAACUAUUAUAGUUGGGCCGAAACUGCGGCUUUCUUAAAUUCCUCUGUUAAUCCGCUCGUUUGUACUUGGCGAGUUAAAGCAAUCAGAAAGACCAUCUGA